CUGUGCCCUAAAACCCUCAGCUCAGCCUCCGAUUCUGUCGGCCUCAGUGAGGGAAAGGAGAGAAAAAGAGCAAUUAAUGGCGAAGAAUAAGACGCUGAUCGCCGUGGGGUUUGAGGGGUCGGCGAACAAGAUCGGCGUGGGGGUCGUCGCCCUCGACGGCACCAUCCUCUCCAACCCUCGCCACACCUACAUCACGCCGCCUGGCCACGGGUUUCUUCCCCGGGAGACCGCCCACCACCACCUCCGCCACGUCCUCCCCCUCCUCCGCUCCGCCCUCGACGACGCCGGCAUCACCCCCGCCGACGUCGACUGCCUCUGCUACACCAAGGGGCCCGGCAUGGGCGCCCCCCUUCAGGUCUCCGCGGUGGCCGUCCGCGCCCUCUCCCAGCUCUGGGGGAAGCCCAUCGUCGCCGUCAACCACUGCGUUGCCCACAUCGAGAUGGGCCGGAUCGUCACCGGGGCCGAGGACCCUGUCGUGCUUUACGUCAGUGGAGGGAACACUCAAGUCAUAGCGUACAGCGAGGGAAGGUACCGAAUUUUCGGGGAGACUAUUGACAUCGCUGUUGGUAAUUGCCUGGAUCGUUUUGCUAGGGUUCUUACCCUGUCCAAUGAUCCCAGUCCCGGAUAUAACAUCGAGCAGCUUGCAAAGAAAGGAGAGAAGUUCAUAGAUCUUCCCUAUGUUGUCAAGGGUAUGGAUGUUUCAUUUAGUGGCAUAUUAAGCUAUAUUGAAGCGACUGCAGUUGAGAAGCUUAAAAACAAUGAAUGCACACCAGCAGAUCUCUGUUACUCCUUGCAGGAAACGCUCUUUGCUAUGCUUGUGGAGAUCACUGAACGUGCAAUGGCACAUUGUGAUACGAAGGAUGUCCUAAUUGUUGGUGGUGUAGGAUGCAAUGAACGCUUGCAAGAGAUGAUGAGGAUAAUGUGCUCAGAGAGGGGAGGCAGACUGUUUGCAACUGACGAUAGAUACUGUGUCGACAAUGGAGCAAUGAUAGCAUACACUGGUCUCCUUGCGUUUGCACAUGGCAUGACCACACCAUUGGAGGAAUCAACAUUUACUCAGAGGUUCCGCACUGAUGAAGUUCAAGCAAUUUGGAGAGAGAAAAGUAUCUGCGGAGAGUAGCAGAAUUUAAAGAAUGUUCUCCUAAGUCAUGCAGGAAAAACAACAUAUACAUACCCAGGCAUUGUUGUCCAAAUGUUCCAUUGUUUUAAUUCCCAGCCACAAACAUUGUUAAUUGGCUCAGUAACUUAUUGUAACAUUGCUCUUUCUGCUUUCACAUCUUUUCUUUUAAUGGUAUAAGAAUGAUGGUGCAUUUUGAUGAA